UUGAGUAGGACCCGGUCGAGGGUCCCAGGACUGAGACACCGACCAGCUUGAUACCGCUACACAGGAGGUGUGAGGUCGGGAUGUAGGGGUGGUGGAGUCCCGUGAGUAACCGCCGGGAGGAACCUUGGGUCUACAGGCACACCUGAUGAACGGCCCCAGACACUGAGGUCAACAAGUCGUGGCAGGCGAGCAUGGGGUUAAGGAUUCAGGCGGAGGUCACCAGCUCAGACAGAGGCGCGAGCCCAUGAGGCGAGUAACAUCAAUCACCCGAGCGAGAGCGGCACGAGAGCAACUGGUUGAGGCCCAGUGGCUACAGAUUGCCCUGUAUGCCAGAAGGCUAGAGAGGAUCGGACACCUCGUGCCCCAAUGAGGCCCGUGCCGGUAAUCGACCUACCAUUUUCCUGGAUCGCAAUGGACAUUUUAGGGCCGCUACCUCGCAGCAGUAAUGGGUACCAAUACAUUCUGGUGUUUAUCGAUUAUGCAACGAGAUACCCUGACGUGGUGCCUUUAACGUCCAUAACAGCACCGAAAAUAGUGGAGAAAUUGGUAAAAUGGAUCGCUUGCAUGGGAAUUCCCCAUGAGAUCCUAAUGGACUAGGGCCGGAACUUCAUGUCCAAAGUUCUACAGGGAGUUUGUCAGACCUUGCAAAUCAAGCAGCUACGAACAUCGGUUUAACACCCUCAAACCAACGGGUUAGUAGAGACUAAAUGGAACCCUAAAAAGGGUGCUAAGGUGGUGCAUGCAGGGCGAUCCAUGGCAGUGGGACCUGAUGCUGCCACUGGCCUUAUUCGUGCUUAGGGAUGCACCAUCGGAGCCCUUGGGAUACUCUCCUUUUGAGCUAGUGCUAGGUCAUCAGCCCCAUGGCUUACUGCAAAUCCUCCUAGAGGGGUGGGAGCAGGGCCCUACGGUUAUUACCAACCCCUCAGGAUAUCAGUGGGCAUUCCAACAGCGGGUCCAGAACGUGGGAGAAUUAGCAGCUGGUAAUCUAUGGCAAGCCCAACAACGUCAAAAGGAGAGAUAUGACGUGUACGCCAAGGAAUGAGAGUUUCAACUGGGGCAAAAGGUGUUAGUUCUUUUGUCCACUUCGCACAGCAAGCUACUGACCCAGUGGCAAGGCCUGUUUGAGGUUACGUGGAGAGUUGGCCCGGUUGACUAUGAAGUUUACUGCCCAGGACAUCAAAGAACGAAACAAAUCUAUCAUAUCAACUUGCUGAGGGAGUGGCGCCAACCUGAAGGUUGGGCGGCCUUCAGGGCCAAGGGGACCAACAACCUGAGACAGCGAAAACUGGACGUGGAAACAUUGAUUCCCAAAUCUGUGAAAGAUGUCUGCAUGGGCAUCGAGCUAACGCUGGCCCAGGAGAAGGAAGCGUGGGAAUUCCUCAUAGAGCUUAAAGAGGUCUUUUCAGAAAAUCCUGGGCGGGCAGAUGCCUCCAGUACCGCCAUCGGAGCUGUUCUUACACAACGAGACGCAGACUUAGACCGGCCAGUAAGUCGGAAGUUAUUACUGGCUAAGAUCAAAUGCGGCGAGGACAAGGGACCGGACAGGGACGGUUCACUACAUCGCCUCGUGCAACAAGUCACAGGUACCGCUGAAGGGGGCCUCGAGAAACCACCACAAGGCAGCUGGCAGGAAGGGUUAUGUCCCAGGGCACGAGGCAUGAAAGAGGACUUACCAGUGACUCGGGAGUCAGUGUGUGAGGGGCAGAAGGCAGAGCCCACGCAGCUCGUCAGCUGCCUGUUUAUCAAGCUGUGGCCGGCUGGUGAUGUCAGCACUGAACGCCGGCCAGCAUGGAUAAAAAUGGUGGCGCACGCUGCGAAGCCGGCUGGGAAGGAGAGAACUCAGCCACAGAGGUCCCCGCAGCCAAGACAAGCUGAGGCACAGAACCAGAAGAGCAGGAGCGGCCAGGACGCAAGCCAGAGGGAAGAAGAGGACCAUCCUGAUGACACUGUAGAAAAAGCAGUGGGGGGACGCCUAGAUUGCCUCGUAAGGUCGGCAGGAGGAACAUCUGAAGAAAUCCGUCCCGGGAGAGAGGGACUGCGAGGAGCUCAGGAAGAGUUGCAGCAGGAGAGAGCAUCGCCCCUGGAUCAGGAGAUGCCUUAG